AUGGCUCUCAUUCGACUUGUACCUCUUCCAACAGUCGCUAUUGCGCUCUUAAGUUGCACCUUGGCCAUCGUGAGCCAUCAAAGUCGACUACGAGAAGCUCAUUCACCUGCGAUGGCUGGCCCGGCGUACGUAUACGACGCCCUUGUGAUUGGGGGGGGACCCGCGGGCCUGUCCACCGCCUUAGGUCUAGCCAGACAACUAUAUACCACGAUAGUCUUCGAUUCUGGCCAAUACCGCAACGAUCCGACGGAAAAGAUGCACAAUGUGCUGACAUGGGAUCAUCGGCACCCGACGGAAUACCGUGCAACAGCGCAUGCCAACAUUCUUGCUAGAUAUUCCACCGUCCAGUUUCAAAAUACUUCCGUUGAAUCCAUCACAAAGGGAGCAGAUGGCACUUUUGAAGCCAUCGACAAAAACAAGAACAAAUACACCGGCAAGCGGGUCGUUCUGGCCACAGGCGUCAAGGACAUUCUUCUUGACAUCCCAGGUUACAAAGAACUUUGGGGUCGUUCGAUAUUUCACUGCUUGUUCUGCCAUGGAUAUGAAGAGCGUAGAAGUUCGUCAGCAGGCGUCCUGGCACAGGGCGUCUUGGCCGAUCCUCAGCUGAACUUGCAUAUGGCCCGAAUGGUUGCUCGGCUGGCAGCAAGUGUCACAAUCUAUUCAAAUGGCGAUAUCACCGUCACUGAACAGCUCGAGAAACAGCUGGCCGGCAAGCCCUUGACAAUUGAGCCGCGGAGGAUUACGUCAUUGGAGCGCAAGGGCACCCGAGGCUCAGACAUGACUGUGCACUUCGAAGAUGGAAACAGUAAAGACGAAGUAUUUCUCGCUCACAUUCCUCGAACAGAGAUCAACGGCCCGUUCCUGCGGCAAUUGGACGUCGAGGUCGAGAAUGGAGUUAUCAAGACGGUUCCGCCUUUCUACGAAACCACGGUCUCCGGUGUCUUCGCUGUGGGUGAUUGUGCGACGGCGUUGAAGACUGUCACUCAAGCAGUAGCCAUGGGAAGCUUCGGUGCUGGAGGUGUGGCGCAGCAAUUGGGAGGCUUGGGGAACUUGUAG